UACAUUUGACAGUGCAUGGCUUUAUAAAUCUCUCCCACGCAGCCGUCUCUUGCCAUCUCCACAGCCCGUCAUGACCAGCGCCAGCAACACCGCAGAAGAGAUCUUCACCGUCCAGGCCAAAGCCCAGCUCGACUCUGAAAAACCUCAGGCGUCCUCCGUCCCCAGCUCCCCGCUCACGCUCGACCUCGACAGCGACAAGGCGACACAGCUGAUUAAUCUCCUGACAGAUGGGCUCGUUUCCAUCAGGGAUGAAGAAGGGAGGUUUCUGUUAAAGUUGGACGACGGGACAUUGAUCGAUACCAAGGGCUGGGAACACCCGACCGUGUUCUCCUGGGAGUGGACACACGGCAUCGCCUUGACCGCUCUCUGCCACCACUCUGCCAUCUCGCCCUCCUCCCCCGCCUCCCAAAAAUCCCUAGACACUGCCAUCGCCUGGUUCAACUCCCAAUACGCCCGUACAUCAGGCAAAGGCGCUCCCAAAAACAUCAACACCUUUUCGCCCUUUUACGCCUUGGCCUCCUUCUUGGACGAUGGGCGGGAAAAGGACGAACAAGGGAAAUGGAGAGCGUGGUGUGAGGAUUGGGCGCAGUGGGUCGUGCGAGACGAUGGCUUGCCAAAGACCGAGGAAGGUGGAUUCCAGCACAUAACCUACGCCAACGCCCAUCCUCAAAACCUCUGGGACGACACACUCAUGAUGUCCGCCAUCCCGCUCGCCAAAAUCGGCAUCCUCCUCAACCAGCCCUCAUGGAUCGACGAAGCGGUAUACCAAUUCCUAUUACAUAUCCGAUACCUCGCCGACCCCGUCACCGGGCUAUGGUACCACGGCUGGGAGUUUACCCCCGGUAAACAAGGUCGCGCGGCGGAACUGGAAGGUGGACAAGGGUGGAAGGGAGGGAAGAAUGGACAUAAUUUCGCGAGAGCAUUCUGGGCAAGAGGUAAUUGUUGGAUCACACUAGCCAUCCCUAUGCUGCUCUCCAUCCUCUCCCCCUCCUCCUCCUCUUCGUCUUCCCCCCACCCGAAACCCCUCCACCCAACCGACCCCACCGCCCGCUUCCUCAUCCAAACAUGGACCCGCCAAGUCGACGCCCUCAUCUCCCUCCAAGACCCCAACUCUGGCAUGUGGCACACCCUCCUCGACGAUCCCCAGAGCUAUGUCGAAACAAGCGCUAGUGCCGGGUUUGUAGCCGGGAUAUAUAUGGGUUUGAGAAUGGGCCUCCUCCCACCAUCCAAAGCCCCUUCCUACCGCACCGCAGCAGACGCCGCCCUCGCCGCCAUCCUCACCCAAAUCCAACCCGACGGCCAGGUCGCCAACGUCUCCUUUGGCACAGGUAUGGGCGAAACCCUCCAGUUUUACAGAGAUAUUGCGAUUACGCCGAUGCCGUAUGGGCAAGCGCUGGUUAUGCAUGCUUUGGUGGAAUGGGAGAGGUUGAAUGAGCAAGGCAAGUAGAAGGGAGAAAAGUUGUGGAUAGCUUUCU